AUGAAGUUACUCAAGUACUUGUUGUUUGCGAUUCUGUUGGUUUCCCUUAUACCGCGGGAUAUCCUAGCAGUUGAUACGUCCCCUGACGAUACGCCUCCUGACGGUACGCCACCAGCUGAUACUCCCCCUGCUGAUACGCCUCCUGCUGAUACGCCUCCUGCUGAUACGCCUCCUGCUGAUACUCCUCCAGCUGAUACCCCUCCUGCCGAUACUCCUCCUGCCGAUACUCCUCCUGCUGAUACUCCUCCAGCUGAUACCCCUCCUGCCGAUACCCCUCCUGCCGAUACUCCACCCGCUGAUACUCCUCCAGCUGACACUCCACCCGCUGGUACUCCACCCGCUGAAACUACCACAGCAGCUCCCGGUGGUGCAACUACUAAGAAACCCGCUACUACUACAAGGAGGCCCGCUGCCAAUAAGAAGCCUGCCAAUAAGAGACCGGCUAAUAAAAAACCAGCCAAUAAAAAACCAGCCAAUAAAAGACCAGCCAAUAAGAAGCCUGCUAAUAAGAAACCUGUUAGAAAACCUAAGCCGGCAGCUGAUACGCCUCCUGGCGAUACACCUCCUGAUGAUACACCUCCUGGUGAUACACCUCCUGGUGAUACACCUCCUGGCGAUACACCUCCUGGCGAUACACCUCCUGGCGAUACACCUCCUGGCGAUACACCUCCUGGUGAUACACCUCCUGGCGAUACACCUCCUGGCGAUACACCGCCUGCUGAUACGCCUCCUGCUGGUACUCCUCCAGCUGAUACCCCUCCUGCUGAUACUCCUCCUGCCGAUACUCCUCCAGCUGACACUCCCCCCGCUGGCACUCCACCCGCUGGCACUCCACCCGCUGGCACUCCCCCCGCUGAAACUACCACAGCAGCUCCCGGUGGUGCAACUACUAAGAAACCCGCUACUACUACAAGGAGGCCCGCUACUACUACAAGGAGGCCCGCUACUACUACAAGGAGGCCCGCUGCCAAUAAGAAGCCUGCCAAUAAGAGACCGGCUAAUAAAAAACCAGCCAAUAAGAAGCCUGCUAAUAAGAAACCUGUUAGAAAACCUAAGAGGGCCAGGAAUGCCAACAGGGCAUUACCGAAUCGUAUAAAUAUCGUUGAAAUCAAAGAGACUGUAUCACAACAAACAUGA